CUUUCCUUCUUGGGAAUUAUGUUGCUAACUGUGAGCCCAUUUCUAAUUACCCCUCCUUCAAUCAACUUGUCCUUGGGGAGAAGGCAAUCACACAUCAUUACCAACCCUUCUUUCUUAGCUUAUAAUGACAAAAAUAUUUGGCUAAAAACAUUAAAUUGUUCUUCUAGACAUAGUUGUUGCUCCCAUUUAAAUGCUAAUUAUUUCAUUCACGGUAAUAAUCCUAAUAAUAUUGAUGUUGUUAAUGCAACCACAAUCAAUGUUGCAGAGUCACCAAAGACAGAGUCACCAAAGACGACUGAUGACUCUGCCGGUAUAGGAAUUCUUAAUUUCUUUCAAGGAAAGAAUAUUUUCAUUACUGGUGCUACUGAAUUUCUUGGAAAAGCCCUUGUUGAAAAGUUACUAAGAUCAACUGCAGUUGGUAAAAUCUAUGUAUUAAUCAAGGCAGAAGACAAAGCGGCCGCAUUUGAUCGAUUGAAGAGUGAAAUCAUAAAUUCCGAGUUACUCAAAUGCCUACGAGAAGAGCAUGGGGCAUCUUAUGAAGCAUUCAUACAAGAGAAAUUGAUACCUGUUGCUGGGAAUAUUUGCGAACCAGAACUUGGUAUGGACGUUGAUACUGCUGAUAACAUAAUGAACGAGGUAGACGUGAUAAUACAAUCUGCAGCAAACACGUCCAUGAUUGAAAGAUACGACUCGCUAUUUGAAGCAAACGUGAGUGGUCCACAACGACUGAUGAGAUUCGCAAAGAGAUGCAAGAACCUUAUUCUUUUUGUACAUAUUUCAACUGCAUUUGUAAAUGGAGAAAGAGAAGGAGUAAACCCUGAAAAGCCAAUGACUAUGGGAGAAAAUAGGAGAAAAAACAUUUCAUCCUCAUUUCCUCAGCUAGACAUAGCCAAUGAGAUGAGCCUUGCAUUCAAAUCCAUUACCAGCGCUUCUACUGAACUUGAAGCGACAAUAUAUUCAAAAAAACUUGGUCAACAAAGAGCAAGAUUUUACGGAUGGUUCGAUGCAUAUCAACUAACGAAAGCUAUGGGUGAGAUGAUUAUUAAUGAAUGUAAGGGAGAUACGCCUGUGGUUAUCGUUAGGCCAGCUGUAAUUGAAAGUAGUUAUAAAGAGCCUUUUCCUGGAUGGAUACAAGGGUACAGAGUGACUGAUCCACUUAUUAUUUCCUAUGGAAAAGGGCACCUUCCAGCCUUUCUGGGCGACCCAGAAGUAAAAGUAGAUAUUAUCCCAGUGGAUAUGGUUGUAAAUACAAUAAUCGCAGCUACUGCUAAGCAUGGAAUUGGUGGUAUGCCAGGAUUGGAUGUCUACCAUAGUGCAUCUGCUAUCGUCAAUCCUUUGCGAUACUAUGAUGUUUUUGAAUUCAGUUAUGAAUAUUUCAAUUCAAACCCUUUGAUUGAAUCAUCAUCAAAAGGCAGUAACAUAAAGGAAAUAAAGUUUUUCGACAAUAUCGAGGACUUAUCCAAGUAUACACAGGAUGAAAUAUGCCAACGUGAUGCCUUGCAACAGACCAAAUGGAAGGCCAAGAUCCUCCAUGCUAUUCAAUUGUGUAAGAUUUAUGAGUUCUCAGGCUUCUAUGAAGGCAGGUUCGAUAUUUCCAAUACUCAAAAGUUAUUAUCAGAAAUGUCGGAAGAGGAGCAACGUUGCUUUGGACUUGAUGCAAGAAUUAUAGAUUGGCGAAAGUACUUUUGCGAAAUUCACAUCCCGGGAUUGAAAAAGCAUGUGCUUAAUUUGUAAUUGAUGUUAUAUCUAGAUUUGCUAAAUUUAUAUUUCCUAUACAACUGUUUCUACUUAAUUAUUUUAGCUGAAAUAUGUAGAAAUGAUCUACUUAUUGGAAUUAGUUCCACCUAAAUCUGAC